AAUUUGAGUUUCUCUUCUUCUAGCAGGUUCUCCUUUCGCCAUGUCGGAAACCGCUCCUGCUGAGACGGCCGUCCCGGCGCCGGUGGAAAAAUCUCCUGCCAAGAAGAAAGCAACCAAGAAGGCCGCGAGCGGUGGGGCGGCGAAGCGCAAGGCUACCGGGCCCCCAGUUUCCGAGCUGAUCACUAAGGCUGUCGCUGCCUCCAAAGAGCGCAACGGCCUUUCUUUGGCUGCGCUCAAGAAGGCGCUAGCAGCCGGCGGCUACGAUGUGGAGAAGAACAACAGCCGCAUCAAGCUGGGUCUCAAGAGCCUGGUGAGCAAGGGCACCCUGGUGCAGACCAAGGGCACCGGGGCUUCCGGCUCUUUCAAGCUCAACAAGAAGGCGGCCGCCGGGGAGGCCAAGCCCAAGGCGAAGAAGGCGGGGGCUGCUAAAGCCAAGAAACCCGCAGGGGCAACUCCUAAGAAGCCCAAGAAGGCUGCGGGAGCGAAGAAAGCCGUUAAGAAGACGCCUAAGAAAGCGAAAAAGCCCGCGGCUUCUGGCGUCAAAAAAGUGGCCAAGAGCCCCAAGAAGGCCAAAACUGCGGCAAAGCCAAAGAAGGCUGCUAAGAGCCCCGCGAAGCCCAAGGCAGUUAAGCCAAAGGCGGCGAAACCUAAAACCUCCAAGCCUAAGGCAGCAAAACCCAAAGCUGCAAAGGCGAAGAAGGCGGCUCCUAAGAAGAAGUAGGAAGUUGGCGCUUGAGAAGCAAACCCCAAAGGCUCUUUUCAGAGCCACCCAGAGAUCUCUGGAAAACAGCUGUGCACUGACCUAGUCUGUAGCCAAGAAAGUAUUCUUUCCUGUAUAUAAUUUCCCAAUUUCCUCCUACCCAGUAAAAGUCCAUCAUAGUGGACUUCUCUAGCAGCAAACUAGCAAACUGUUGCCUAAGUCUGAUGGGCCGAGGAGCCUAAUGACUCCUGGGUCCAUGAGGUCGCUAGAAUAAGAAAUGGCACCCCACUAACCAGUGUUCUUCCCCUGGAGAAUCCCAGAGACAGGGGGAAGCCUAUUGCCGUCUACGGGGUCACGACU